AUGGCAACUCAAUCUCUUCCUUCUACCCCGAUAGCAACACCUCCGGUGGCUCCUCCCACCCCAGAGGGUACUCUGACUCCGGGAAAGUGGCGACACCCCCAGCUUGAUGAGAUCGUUCGGCGCCAAAAUGCAGCUACGUUUGAUCAGAAAAAAAUGAAGAAGCUGGUUUGGAACGGCGCGGCUCUGGUUAUGAGCUGGACAUUUGGGUCUACUUUCAAAACCUACUCACGCCAAAUUUUUGAUACCAACUAUAUGUGCCAAGAAGUUCCAUUGUUCAUUCUCCAGCUCUUUUUCAUUUUCAAUGUUCUAGUGGCGCUUUCUCCCCUCUUCCGGCCAAAGGACAACCUCUCAGACAUUUCCCUUACCCCCACUCAACGCUCACUUCUUGGAUUGGAUCCUGCUGUCACACCCCCAGCAACUCCUGGGACAACAUUUGUUACCCCACCCAGAUACCGGCUAUCCACUUCACGCAAGGCCAGUCCUGCAAGCAGACCGUCCUCCCCUAUGUCCGCGAAUGCAGGCUUCUCUGAGCGACGCUCUUCGAUCAGCACACCUUUCUCGCCUGCCUCUAGCCCUCUGGUUUUCAAGGCGAUUUCAAAUGGAGGCAGAGAAUCCGUUCAACGCCAGAGCUUUGGAUCCGCAUCCCCUCUAGCUCAAAGCAACUCCUUUGGAGAGUCGACCAUGAGCAUGGGCCCAAUCUGGCAUACCCCGUGUUCAGACCAAGAUCCCGCGCCCGGACGAUUAGGACCGCCAACCACUUCUAGCACUUGGCAAACAAACAGCCAGAAAGCGCCCUCGCCUCACAUCCACAUUGAGCUUCCCUCCGCCAUGGGAGCUUCGGAAUCCAAGCUUGUGUUCAAACAGGGCAUCUUCCGCCUCUCGGAGGACCAGGAGAUCCCCGCAGACGACCCCUACUGGACUAGAUUCUGGGAGCUUCCUGAAUCAACCGAAGACGUCUUUAGCCUUUUCACGCCGGCUGACAUACGACGCACGCGCGAUCAUGCCUUGCCCAACUUCCAAACACUCCUGCUCGCAGUCACCUCGCGACUGACUGUAUUGAAAAACCAUCCCUCAUUUCCUGACCCCGAUCUCGCCCCCGAACGUGAUAUCCUCAACUGCAUUCGGAUCCUCACUCGCCUUCUCCCCUAUGUUUACGAGGCCGACCAUCUGGAAGAAUGGGAGGACAAUUUCUUCUGGACUCGUCGAAAGAGAAGGACAAGACAAUCACAAAUUGCUGGGGAGGUCCUCUUUGACGAAGCACAGCCGGAUGAUAACCAAGAGACGACAUCACCGCGCGCGGAGGAUUAUGAAGAUGUGAAACCUCUUGCCGAGGAGUUGAUAGACACAUUGGUGGACUUGCUCUUCUUUGCCGACUUUACAAUUCCGCGACUUCCAACUGCGAAGAGCAAGGUCUCUUUUUCGAUUUGGCAGAGCGGUGUUGGCUGCAACACGGCUAUGGGGUCGAACAAAACAUUGGAGAGCAACCGAUGCGAGAUUCUCCGGCUUUUGCUUACUCUGACUGGAAAGGCUAUGUAUUUGCCAUCAAACACAUUGCCCGUCGUUGGCGUCAAGGCAAUUACUUACAUCACAACUUGCCAAGAUAAGCAGGCUGUUUUGACUCUCCUUUGCUCUCUUCUCAACACAGCAAUGAAGUAUAACCCCGCAUCGUGGAGAGUUCCAUACGACCAUGUUGUUUGGAAAGAUCCUAGGCAGAUAUUGGUGAUCUAUUGUGUGCAACUUCUUCUUGUCCUCUUGUUGUAUCCUAUUCCAGAAGAUGGCCGUGGAACUCCACCGAAGAAUUAUUAUCGCCAUUACUUUGGCAGGCUGCAUAGACCUCAAGACUUCCAAUUCCUGGUCGAUGGCAUGACGAGAAUUCUGAACCAGCCGAUGCAAGCUACUACUUCCUAUCUUCCUGGGAGUCAAAAAUCAGUGAAAUGGGCACCUGAGAUGCUGGUCCUUUUCUGGGAGACCUUGCAAUGCAACAAAAGGUUCCGGUCAUUUAUCAUCGAAUCCAAUCGAUCCCAUGACUUUCUUGUUUUAUGUAUCUUCUACGCGAUGGAGUAUAGAUUGGACGCUUCCAAACAAGGAGUGGUUCGGAUGUGCGUUUUCAUCCUUCAGACAAUGAGUGCGGAGCCAACGUUUGGGAAGAGCCUAAAGAACAGUUUCGAAGGUCAAGAAACCUUACCACAAUCAAUCCGGCUGCUCAAGUUCAGGGGGUCUUAUGCGGACUAUUUGAUCAUGUCAAUUCACACGUUGAUGACAACCAGCAAGGGGAAUCUGGAUACUGUGUAUCCUGCGCUUUUUAUCAUCCUCAAUAACGUUGCUCCCUAUAUCGAGCACAUUUCUCCGAGCGCCUGCUCGAAGGUCAUUCAACUUUUCUCUUCUAUGUCUGCUCCCAGCUUUUUGUUGGCAAACGAAACCAAUCACACUCUCCUUGCCUCGUUGCUUGACUUCAUCAACAUCAUUCUCGAGCACAAGUUCAAUGACAAUCCAUAUCUCGUCUACUCGAUACUGAAAUAUAAGCAACGCUUUGAAGCCGUGCGGGCUUUCACUCUUGAAAGUGGCCAGCAGGAGAUCGAGCGGCAGAAAGAGAAGAGGAAAGCUGGCAGUUCUUCAGAUGUCGCCGUCAGUCCUACACUUUCACAUUCGGAGGAUGAUCUACACACUCCUUCGGGUGCCCGGUCACCUUUGACCAGAAUUCCCGAAGAGAACAGCCCAUUCGCAAUUGGCGAUGACGACUCCGAUGAUGAACGUGGGAAAGAUGGAGCACAGACUCCAUCUCAGUCAUCUUUCUCAGCUCAAACCUCACGAAGACCCUCCACAACAUCCGCCACAGACGAGAACGGAGUGCAGCAGGUGCGAGCAAUGUCCGAAAAGGCACGCGGAAAGAAACCUGCAGGGCAUCCACCUUUCUCCCGACAAAACAGCAUGACCAGUCAGACAAGCAUGUCUGCUUUAUUCACCCCCUCUGCUAGUGGUUUCACGCCCACCGUUCCAUGGCUCGAAUCCUGGUUGCCUGAUCUUCCUUUGCACACAGUCCUCACUAUCAUCUCAGCCAUUGCACCUCACAUUCCUGACGCAGCGCUUGUAAGCGCAGUCAGCCCGGAGGCCCGUACACUUAUCCACAAUCUCCCGUCCUUUGCGGAAGAGCCCGAGGUUAAAAGCAUAAUCUCUGAACCAACCCCCGUUCGCAUGCAAUCAUUCGAAUGGUCCGCACUUUCUAUGGGCUGGUACGAAUCCCUGCUGUGGGGCUUUAUCUUCUCCAGCGAGAUGGUAGUCGGUUCCGCUUCUGGUGCAACCCCAGGAACAGUUGGUGUCUGGAACGGCACAGCUAUUAAACUCUUCAGAGUCCAAGAGGCUGCUGCUCAAGGCCCGACCUUGCUUGCUCCUAAGGGUGCCGUUGAUGCCGUGGGCAGCAACCUGGUGCAACGCAUCGGAAACCUCAGCCUUCGCGGUCGAAACUCACAAGACUCCGGGGCUACCCCUAUACCAAGUGUACGGGAGGUUUAA